AUGAAGCCGCGGGGGGCGAGCGUCAUGCACGCCUUCACUGCUCUCACCAUGCUCACUAUGGCUAAUGCUCAAACAACAUGCAAUCAAGGAAUGGGUCGUGUGAUGUACGAAAGAUUACCAAACCAACAACUUCACGGAUUCGACGAUGAUGUUAUACGAGAAACAGCACCUCCAUUUCGUGUUCUAGAAAAAUGUCAGGAUCUAUGUUUGAGGGAUAGAUCUGGUAACAGUUUGGUCAGGACUUGCAAUUCUAUCGAUUUUCAACCUGGAGCUCGUAUAGCUGCUUUCAGCCCUGAGCCAGAAUAUGAAGAGUCCACAUGCUACUUGACUAGGGAACAGGCGGCUCCUGAAGGAAUUGGUACCCUUAUGAUCGUACCCAAUAGCGUACAUUUCAACGAAAUUUGUUUAACGUCGAAUCGUCCAGAACGUGAAUGUCCUUCCCGUCGCUACGUGUUCGAACGUCACGCGCGUAAGCGCUUAAAGCUUCCAGCAUCAGAUCUAAAGGAAAUAAUGGUAGCAAACAGAACGGAAUGUGAAGACAAAUGUUUAGGAGAAUUCAGCUUCGUUUGUAGAUCCGCUACUUAUGACUCUGCACUAAGAACUUGUUCUUUAAGCAGAUUUACUCGAAGGACCCAUCCGGAACUUUUAGAAGACGAUCAUAAUGCUGAUUAUUUGGAAAAUACUUGCUUGAAUGCUGAACGUAGGUGCGAUGGAUUAGCUGUUUUUAUUAAAGAAGAAAAUAAAAGGCUAGGCGGACCAUUCGAAGCAGAUGUAUUUUCUAAUAUGACCUUGGAUGAAUGUCAGGCUAUGUGUGUCAGAGCUGAGAAAUAUUUUUGUCGGUCGAUCGAGCAUGACGAAAUGACAAGGCAGUGCGUUCUCUCCGAAGAAGAUUCGGUUUCUCAAAAAGACGACGUGACCGUCAGCGCGUCUCCCACGCAUCAUUUCUAUGAUCUCGUGUGCUUAGACAAUCUCUCUCAUCGGGUGACAGCUCGCGGGACCGAGUACCCGGACAACAGUGUGACGUCACACCUAUUCUCUCCGGGGCGGCGGCCGGACACCGCCUUCCAGAGGUACAGGAACAGUCGCAUCACUGGGGAGUUCCAUUCGGAGAUCACGGGGCGUUCUCUUAGCGAAUGUCUGGACGAGUGUCUGAGGCAAACCAGCUUCCAAUGCAGGUCAGCAGUUUACAGCGACCGCGCAAGGACUUGCAGGCUUAGUAGAUACAAUCAAAAGGACGGUAUGCGUCUACUGUAUGAUCCGGACUUCGAUUACUAUGAAAAUCUAAUGCAUCAGCUACUUAGUGGUGAGAACGAGGCCUCGGGAGGAGGCUCGACAGGUGGAUCUAAACCUUCUUGGGGUUCCAAUUCAUCAGGUGGUAGCAAUGGUGGUGAUCGUGACAGAUACCCGCCAGGCGUUGACCGCUACCCAGAUGACGAUCGCUACUAUGAAGAUGAUCGCUACCCAUCUCGGCCGGACCGCUAUCCACCUGAUGACCGGUACCCGGUCGGCCCUGAACCCUAUCCCGAUAGAUACCCCAGUGACCGCGACCGAUAUCCAGCAGACAGAUAUCCGGAUGACAGAUACCCACCUGGCGUUGGACCGGAACGAUACCCAUCAGACCGUUAUCCACCACCAAUCGACCGGUAUCCACCAGGUGUCGACAGAUACCCGGGUGGAAGAUACCCCAUGGGAGACCGAUACCCAAUAGACGGUGGACGGCUUCCUCCAUAUGAUCCUCCUAAUGACAUAGGUAGAUACCCUGCCCCUGACCGAUAUCCUGUCAGCAGGUACCCUAUCGAUGCUUACCCUGACAGGUUCCCCCAAGAUCGCUAUCCCAGCGACAGAUAUCCGAUCCCUGACAGAGGCAGGUAUCCUCGACCCUGGUAUAACAGAUAUCCUGAAAGAUUCGAUCAGGAUCGUUUCUCUGGAACGAACGAUUGGGGGCGAUAUCCAUUCAGUCGCUAUCCAGUUGGCGUGAACCGUGACCCUUUACCUCUAGGCGGGGACCGUUACCCUGAUUUAUAUGAUAAAUAUCCGCCGACCGGAUCAUCAUAUCCUGGCUACGGACGUGGUGGCUAUUAUGGUUCAGAUUAUCCUAGUGGGGAUCGUUUCCCCGUUGGUGAUCGCUACCCUGACAGGGGUGUACGUCCAAGACCAGACAGGUACCCUGUCGAACCGAGACCGACAUUUGGAAUAAGAAGACCUUCGGAUCGACCAGGUGGCUAUCGCGGUAGUUAUCCUUCACAAGGCUUAGAUCGACCAAUUGGAGGAGGUGGUUACGGCGGUUACGAACCAGAUGGACCAAUUGGCCCAAUUGGUGGCCCGUUAAAUGUUCCCAUAGGAGGUGGUGGUGGUGGGGCCAUUGGCGGACCUCUAGGUAGUCCAAUCGGAGGUCCGAUUGGAGGACCAAUUGGUCCACCAAUAGGCGGAAGACCUCCUAUCGGUCAAAGACCUUGGCAGGGAUCGAGAUGCGAGGAAGAUAGUUUUAGACAAGUGGGUCGGCAACGCAUGCAGAGGAGAUUCGUGCGUCGUUUCACAACCGCUCAAUCGCUGGCGCACUGCCAACGGGAAUGUAUUGAAGCGAGAGACUUUAUCUGUCGGUCAUUCAACUACAGAGAUGCAGGUUACGGCGCGGAACCGCGAGACAAUUGCGAGCUGAGCGACCGCGACACGCGCGAGUUGGACGCGGCCAACCCGGCGCACUUCGACAACACGGCCAACGAGUACGACUUCUACGAGAGAGCGCUUGGGAGAAUCGCUGAUGACUGUCUAGAUGUAUCACAAGUUUGUAACGAAGAUGGCAUGGAGUUCACACUGAGGUUACCGGAAGGUUUCUACGGACGCAUGUAUACUUAUGGGUUUUAUGAUCGAUGUUUCUUCCGCGGGAACGGCGGCGUAGUUAACGCGCUUAGGAUCACUGGAGCACAUGGCUACCCUGAAUGUGGUACACAACGGUACGGUGACACGAUGACCAAUAUCGUGGUUGUCCAAUUUAGCGACAACGUGCAGACUUCGAGAGACAAACGUUUCAAUUUGACCUGCUUAUUCAGAGGACCGGCUGAGGCGGUCGUUACUUCAAAUUACAUUGGAGCUGGUUUUGGCUAUGACUUGGUUGAUAGAUCUGGAAGUCCAAUACCUAUCGAGUAUCUACCAGAAGAGAGUUCCCUCAACUCAAAGGUUCGCCUGCUGAUAUUGUACCAAGGGCGCCCAACGACUACCAUCGCUGUGGGCGAUCCUCUUACAUUCAGACUUGAAGCACAAGAUGGAUAUAAUUACGCUACUGAUAUAUUUGCUACUAAUGUCAUUGCACGUGAUCCGUACUCGGGUCGUUCAGUGCAACUUAUCGACAGAGUCGGCUGUCCUGUUGACCCCGACGUAUUUCCAGAAUUGGACAAAGGUCGUAAUGGAGAUUCUUUGGAAGCAAGGUUUAAUGCUUUCAAAAUACCAGAAUCUAACUUCCUAGUAUUUGAAGCGACUGUUAGAACUUGUCGUGAUGGAUGCCAGCCGGCAUAUUGCCCAAGCCAUACUGGAAGAUCGGAACCAUCGUUCGGUCGUCGUAGAAGAGAUGUGAACUCUACUGAAGUCGAAGAUGAAUCGGAUGUUAAAGACAAUGAAAAAGCUAAUAAAACUGAUAAUUUGAGUGAAGCAUCAGUAUUCAAAGUAUCAUAUGAAGAGGCAACUGUUGAUAAAUAUUUAAAGAAUGAAGUUGAAACACCAAGUCAUGUUAGGAAGAUGAUUGAGGUAUUCGACAACCGCAACGAGCUGAUCGAAGAGAACGGGGUAGCGGACUCCGCGCCGGUGGUGGCGGCGGUGGGCGUGUGCGUGUCGCCGCAGCACUACCGCGCGCUGCUGGUGGCGCUGUGCGUGCUGCUGGCGCUGCUGCUGGCCUUGCUCACCGCCGCGCUCUACGUGUACAAGCGCUACUGGCGCGUGGUGCGCAAGAACAUACAGGUGAACGGCCGUGAGCCGCGCGCCGCCGCGCCCGCGCCGCGUCCUGCGCGCCCUUCGCUCUUCUCCGCUUCGCACUUGCACAAACCAUUUUCACUAAAUGGCCUUGGGCGAAACUUUUCAGAAAUGGGUGAGGAAGCCGGGUCUUCUGGUCGACUGGCGAAUGCAUUUGAUGACGGUAGUGAACCAAUUUACACGGACCCAUCGCUUUUCGAACGAUCCAGGUCUCUCCGUUCUUUACAUUCCCUGGAUCUGAAACCGGAGCGACGCGAUCAUCACGCAUAAAUACGAAAAACAACUUUUAUUACCUAUCUUUCUAUAAUAAAUCCUUACCUAAGACUAAAAUGCCUAAAUGUGCUCAGUUUCUAUUCCGUCCAAAGAGUAUUUAUAAUGUUUUGUAAUUUUUUUUUAUUAAACUCUUUAUGUCUAAUAUAUCUAGAUACUUUUAAAGAUUUAUCUUAAGUCAGUACUAAUGAAUAAAAUUUACAGUUAUUA